AUGGUGCUGUGCAGGCGCGCGGUGCCGCCGGCGCAGGGCCCGGGACCCUGCAUGUCCGCGGGGCUCACGGCCAGGAGGUUCUGGAGCACCAUGCUGAGACUGGGGGCCUUCUGCCAGCAGCUCCAGCACCAGAAACACCAUGUCCCUCCUCUGCAUUUUAUUUUCCCAAAAAAGUUCUUUCUUGUGGAGAAGUCUCACAAUAAUCCAUGUGGCAUACCCAGGAGACAGCACAGGGGGUGGGAAAGAAGGGAUAGUCACAAGAAGGGGAGGUGGGGAGCAGCUUCUGCUGCUGAGGCUGCUCCUUGGUCACUGUCCCUUGGCUGCACUGCUGUCCCAUUCCCACAGCUCACACCUCAGAUUUGGGCUCUUGUGGAUCGUUUCCAGUUCGAUCUGGGCACUGGUCCUGUUCUGUGCUCUCUCCCUCAGGACAAGGAUUGCAGGAAGGAGAUCCCCACACAGCAAUCUCCUCCUCACUCUCUGGGCAGUUCGGGCAGCUCUCAGCCCAGGGCUGGCCCCAGCCUGGCCCGGGGCACCCGCAGUGUCCCCACACAGACCUCGAGGUGCCCCCUGGGCUCCUGUGACAGCUGCUCCAGCGCCCAGGCCAGCCUGCGGGAGGUGGGCAGAGCCAUCACCAGCCUCUGCCAGAGCCAGAACAUCCCCUCGGCCCUCAGCAAAUUCCAGGGGGUGCUGGAGGACAGCACGGGGAGAAGGAGCCUCUCUGCGACAGAGCUGAGCUACUGGGCCGCAGAGCAGAGCAAGGAUCUCUCCCGGAUCAACAAACACCUCCAGGAGCUGCUGCAGCAGCUGAACCCGGUGAAGGCUGAGCUGGAAGAGGUGGGGAAACAGAAGGAGGAGCUGAGGAAACAGGUGGAGGACUUUUCCCGGAAGCUGCAGGUGGAGAGGGAGACCCAAGUGCAGCAGCAGAGGAAGACAGAGCAGAGCCUGAAAGCCAAGGACAAGGAGCAUUCGGAGGCUGUGGCCAGGCUGGAGCAGGAUAAGAAUGAUCUAAGGAGAGGAGCGGCUCUGCUGGAGGAGCGACUCUCCACCCUGAAGGAGGAGCUGGAGGUGAAGCAGGCAGCUCUGCAGGAGCUCGAGCUCACCAAGACCUCCUUGCUGGAGGAGAUGAGGACCACCAUGGUGGCCCGGAGCCAGAUGCUGGAGCUAGAGGAGAAGGUGCAGAUGCUCACAGGCCAGCGGGACAGCCUGGAGCAGGAGCUGAGUGCCACCAGCUUGGAGCUGGAGAAGGAGAAGGUCCGAGUGCAGAGUGUGCUGCUGCACGAGGAGUCCCUGCAGGCCAAGCAGAAGCUCCUGCUGCAGCAGCUUGACAGGCUGGACCGGGAGCGGGAGGAGCUGCAGAACAGCCUGGAAGAGGCCAAGGAGGACAAGGCCCGGCUGGAGGAGCAGCUGGAGCAGAGCCGGGAGCAGAGCGGGAAACAGCUCCAGGUGCAGCAGGAGCUGCUGGACAGGCUGCAGCAGGAGAAGCUGGCCCUGGAGCAAUCCAUCCUGGAGCUGCAGACAAACACGUCCCGGCUGGAGGAGCAGGCGCAGGAGCUGAGGGAGCGGGAGAGGCUCCUGGUGUUCUUCCCUGAGCUCCAUGUCCCCACUGAGGCGCAGUUUGAGAGCAGGAGGGAUGCCCACACCUCUGAGCAGGCUGAGCUCCGCUGGAUUUUGCCUGCAGGCACUGGGAACUUGACGGAGGACAUGGAGAAUCAGCUCCAGGCCAACAGCAUCCGGAUCGGGGUGCUGGAGCGGGAGAACGCGCGGCUGGGCGCUGUGCUGGCCAAGGUGAAGGCGGCUGCCCAGCAGGGUGUGCUCAAGCUAAUCCCACAGGCCCAGCUGGGGUCCCAGCUCCAAGGGAAGGCCAGCGGGCAGGACACAGGGUGGCCCAGCAGGGGAGGCAGCAGCGACAGCAGAGACAGCAGGGACAGCAGAGGGAUGCCGGGAUGCAUGGACAAGGCCUGGCAUCGAGUUCCCAGCAGCCAGCACUCCAAGGUGCUCCGGGCAGGGCCCACAUUCCAGGCCAGACCCAGCCUGUCGCUCCCAGUGGGACGCCUGGGGCUCGACCCCCCCUUGCACCACACGGGGACCCACCACAAAUAAACACUGAUGAGCUGAUCUUCUAACAGGGAAAUGAACUGUUCCAUGAGCAGCCACCUGCCCUGCCCAGGGGGAUCUUGUUACCAGGUCUUUGUGCGUCAGGAAUGCACAUUCCCUUGGGAAACCCGGGCUCUGCCUGUUCCUUGUGGAGCUGCUCCAGGGACGUUCCUGGGCGCUGGAGUUCAGUCACCCUUGGCUACACUGCUGUUGGAGGCCCCAGCACAGCCCUGCCCGUGCCAAUGCCUGGGCACUGUGUGUGUUAGUUCCUGCCAGGAACCAUUCCCAAGAGGGGACUGGGAUGUGGCCACACUUGGAAGAGGAAGGCAGAGCUGGGCUGGGAUGAAGGAAUCCCAGCCGCUCUUGGCCCACCAGC